AAAAAGUUAUUAGGAUCCUAAUAAAAUUUUAGAAAUAUAUUAAAAGGUAUAAAAAGAGAAGAGAAACUAAAGAAAGAAAUAAAGAAAAUAAUUCUUUUCUCUCGAAGAAGUUUUCGGAACUGGCUUAUAUCGAAAGUGGUUUCCCGAAUUGUUCGCGAUCCCAUUACCUUCCUAGAUUUUUACCACACCACGUGGAUUCUCUUCCGGGAUUGAGAUCGCAAAAUCGGGAAGAAAAGAAUCGUCUCGAAGGAUUGUCUUAUUUCGUUCAAAGUGUCGAACAAAAAGUUGAAACUAAAGAACUCGAAGAGGAAUCUACGAAAUCCGAAGUCAAAGUCAAAUCUUCAAACUCUUCCAGUGCUAACAAGAAGACACGAAAACCGAAUCCGAAGAUUGUUUUCAGAGCCUGUCCUUUAUUCGUUAGAAAAGGUGACAAAGUGAUAUUUAAUUUUCAACACUUUACGAGCCCUGAAAAAGUCUUAAGGGAGUAUAUUCGUAUCAACGUGUACAACAAAAACAGAUUGGCUAGAAUCGACAAACAGAAAAUAUCGGAAGCGUUAUGUUCAUUGCAUUGCGAUAAUCAAUUGGAUUCUGAUGUAGAUCCGAACGAUUCCAAAUCAAAAAUUAUUUCUAAAUACGAUAACGCUAAAGAACGGUCAAAUAAUGGAAGAAAAAUGUCUGCGAGAAAAAGUAAAAUUAAGCAAAAUAUCAAUACGGAGAAUGCACGUUGGUUAACAAAACCAGCACAUACGUGGCAACCUAUAAAAAGGAUCUCUGCGACGAACAACAUCGUAUAUGAAUUCAAUCCUUUUGGAAAUCUUCAAAACGAGGAUGCGUUAAAAGAGGUAAGAGUCUCAAAAUCAACAACGAGCGUCAAAAAAGAUAUUGUAAAGACUAAAACUCGUUCCAUUGCAUCGUUACCGAAAUUAAAUCCCUCUAUAAAUUGUUCCAUUAACGUUUUCGAAAAAGAAGAAAAAAUGACAAACGUAUUACAAGACCAAGCGUCUUUACCAUUUAUUUUAAAUAAAACAAGCACGACGAAAAAUGAAAGAAUUUCGAAAAUAUUAGAUAAUAGAUAUAAAAUGACACCAUUGAAAUUAAGUGAAAUCGAUCAGGACGUGCAGAAUAUAAAAGCUAAUUGGGAACAAUUCCAAAACUGUCAAUAUCGUAAAAAUAAAUAUAUGUCUAAUCCACGUAUAAGAAAGUUAUACGACAUUUUGGAAAGUACUACGUAUAAUAUAAAUAAAAUAAAACAAAAUGCUGACUCGACGAAGAAUCAAGACGCAUUAAAAAAUAUCAAUAAACUUCCAAAAGAACCUAAAACAUUAAAUAUUCAACGAGAUGUCGAACGUACUAAGAACAAGUUAUUUUCAAAACGAGAUCAAUGGACUAAGUUAAAAUCUACAACCACGAAUACUUCGCCAUCCAAAGAAUUUAAGGAAGAUAUUUUAAGAAAAGAAAAAAAAGAUAUUAAAAAACGAUCGUUGUUUACAGAAAAAAAAUUAUGGAAUAUAAACAAUAUUUUAAACUACGAAUCGAAUUUAUUAAAUUCUCAUGAAAAUGAAUUUUUGAAACGAAAAAAAUCAUCUAAAGUUAAAUCCGAGGUAGAAAACUAUUUAAAUGAUUAUACAACAAAUAUUGAUAAACUCAAUACAAUAAAAGAUAAAGAUUUAAAUAUGAACAUAACGGAUUGUGAAAAUGACUUUGAAGAGAAUCCUGAAAAAGAUUUCGAUUAUCCCGCUUCCAUUAAUGAAAAAGAUAUUAAUAAUUUAGAGAAAGAAGAAAUUGAAACAUUUAGGAGCAAUAAUGAUAUUGAAAAAAAUAAAGAAUCCACGAAUGAAACGAAAAAUAUAGAUACAAAAUCGAUUGAAACUUUUGAUGCGAGGAAUAAUGGAAAAUACUUGGAAGGAAAUACAUUCGUUGAAAUGGGCUUUAAUGGCUUAAAUCUAUCAAAAAAUGUAUUGGAUCAAAUCCUUCAGUCGGAAUACUUAAAAAAAGAUUUACUGUCAUUGUAUCCUAUCUAAGAAAAACAGAAAAAAAAGAAAUUAAUCGAAU